GGGUCCUUUUGACUUCCGGGUCUGUGUGCACUGUGGUGAGGAAUCCAUCUAGCCAGAAAAGAUGUCUAAAGUAACGUUUAAAAUCACACUGACGUCGGAUCCUCGACUACCAUACAAAGUACUCAGCGUCCCAGAGAGCACCCCAUUCACCGCAGUGUUAAAGUUUGCCGCUGAGGAGUUCAAAGUGCCCGCAGCAACCAGCGCCAUCAUCACAAACGAUGGGAUCGGAAUCAACCCGGCGCAGACGGCAGGCAACGUGUUCCUGAAGCACGGCUCGGAGCUGAGGAUCAUUCCCCGGGAUCGCGUGGGAGGGAACGGACGGACGGGUAGCACGACGCCACAGUGACUCACCCGCAUGGACCCCUGUAACCUCCACCACCACCACCUCCACUACCACCGCGACGACUCAUCAAACCCAGGAAAUACCCCAGACAUCGCUUCUCGGUUAUUUUUUAUUUUGGUUUAAUUGUAGUUUUUUUUUUUCUUUCUCCCCUAUAUUUAUUUUUAUCUGCAGUGAGUCACCUGUAUGGAAGCUUUUCAAAUUCCGCGCAUAUAUAGAUAUGAACGGACAGCAUGCCAGUGGAAGUGUGUAUGUCUGAACACUGCUUUGGCAGGGUUUCAGUCAAGCAGGGUCGCUCUCUUAAUUGCACGGGAAAGGUGGAGCUGUAACAACGCGAAAAACUCUUGCAAAAAAUAACGAGCAUGGAGUUGGCAUUGCUAAAUGUUACAGCCUACCUUUUUUUUUGGACAAUAAAACAUACUACUACGUGUGUCUAACCAUCAUUGUCUUUGCAUGUUUACUUUCCUAAUUGAUCUGUCAUACAAUCGGGACAAUAACAUUGCUAGAUUAUUGAAAGCUUUAGCUUAAGGUAUGUUUACAUAGCUCUAUAACUAGAACUAACGACGUUAUUCAUUCCCACAAGAAGAUACACUUCUUAAUCAGUCAAACCCGGUAUGACCCAUCAUGAACAAGUUUUAAACGACAGAGGUUUGAAACCUUGCUAAGUAUAUCAUGGGCUAUGGAAGAAAUUACUAUUUUUAAAAUGUUAUAAAAUAUGUAUUGUGUGUUUUCAGGGACCUCUGGCAUUUAAUGAUCUAUUAAGCUUCGUCUGUAAGGAUGUGUAACUACUUACUAUAGUUGGAAUAAGUCCCGCUUCUCACGAGCAACAGAUCUUUGCUGACCUCUGUUGGGUUGGCGCUGUAAUUUCACCCUUACUGUUUGAACAAAUUCUUGAAAGCUCAUGAAACACAGAUUCACAUGACGAGCAGGUUCAUGCAGCAUGGGAGAUACUGGAGUCCAUCUAGCCGGUGGUAACUGUCACUGUAGAAGCCUGGUAGGACCUAUUCAAAGGUCAAACAUGUGGGGCCAGUGUCAUGGACCUAUCGGGUGACCAGAGUGUGUCACAUGAUCCAGUCCACAUCCACAAUCUGUGCCACCAUUUAUAACAUGUAAUUACUGAGAAGCUAUUUUCUUUGUGUCUAUUAAAGAACAACAUUUGAUCGCAUCAAACUGUUUUCUGAACACGAUAGUUCACA